GACACCAUUACUGACAGCAACAAACACGAUCUCUCCCGCUCAUGGGUUUUAGCCAUGCCUCUUAACAGGGAGGUUCUGUCUGGGCACCUAUCAUCUGUCAGGGCUACAAGAAGAGGAGGGGCCAGCUGGGGGAGAGGGGGCGAGGGAGAUGGAUGAGUGUUGGUGGUGACAGAGUGGUGACAGUUGGAGGAGAGAUCAGACUUGACGUGUUGACUCACCGAGAGAAAGAAGAGAGAGCAGGGGAUUCGCUGACCCAUGGACACCCUCAGAAAACUGCUCCAGCAGCCCUCCUCCCACACUUCCUGCUUUGUCUAUCGUCGUCGUCCAUUGGGAGGGUCUGAGGGUAAUGAGAUGGGUGGGACUGAGAUGAAGCCUGACCAACCAGAACCCGAUGAGGAUCUGGAGGCGGAGCCGAACAGUGACAUCACAGCCUUAGUAGUACAGCAACCACAGCAUCGUCGAAAAACAGUGAUCUACCUGUUUCUCUGUUCACUACUAAUAUUCACUACAGGGGGGCGGGGCUCUGUUGCCUGUACAGCUUUUCUAUUGGGCUAUGUGGCAUUCCGUGGUUCGUGCCACUACUGCGGUGAGGUGGGGGAGAUGGUCCCUGUAGAGGAUAAGCCUGGAAUAGACCAUUACCCGACGGCGGGGAUGUACCCCGGGGAACUACGAGACAUGUUGAAGAAAUACCUCCAGGAUGAGAAGAUUGAGGCCACUAUCAGGCGGGUGAGCAGGACGACUCACCCAUCGGGGUCCUCGGAGGGGACGGCGCUGGCAGCAGAGAUUCUGGAGAUGUUUAAAGACCUUCACAUGGACCACACCUGGACAGACUCUCACUACGCCACCCUACAGUUCCCCUCCAGGACCCAGAGGAACUCUCUGUGGAUAGUGGAUGCUGAGGGAGAGGAGAUGUUGGAGGAGAUUCCUCUGGAGGACCCUGAUUCAUACUGUGCCUACAGCGCCAUAGGCACCGCCACGGGGGGCUUGGUGUAUGUGAAUUAUGGCCGCCAGGAGGAUUUUGAUUGGUUGCGGUCUGCCGGGGUGUCUGUAAUAGGCUGUGUGGUGAUGAUGCGUGUCGGGGGCGGGGUUAGUUAUGCUGAGAAGGUGUUAUUCGCCCAAAAGGCGGGAGCGGGUGGAGCCUUGAUCUACCCCGACCCAGCAGACAUCCCACAGGACCCUCGACGCCUGGGGCUCAACAGCUACACGGCUAUAUCAGAACAUGUCCACCUGGGCUCAGGUGACCCCUUCACCCCUGGCUUCCCCUCAUUUAACCACACCCAGUUCCCACCAACCCAGUCUUCCGGGCUGCCAGUCAUUCCAGUUCAGCCAAUCAGUGCCAACGUAGCCUCCAAGCUGCUCAGUCAGCUGAGUGGUCUGGCGUGCCCGCGGGGGUGGCAGGGUCGGCUGCCCUAUGUCCGCUGCGUCCUGGGGCCAGGCUUCAGCUCUGGGGACGGACGCAAGGUCAGGAUGGGCGUCUACAACAUCAUGAAGCCCACACUACUGAACAACAUCUUCUCCUCUCUGGAGGGACGGAUCGAACCUGACCAGUACAUCAUCAUGGGGGCUCAGAGGGAUGCCUGGGGACCAGGAGCCGUCAAGUCUGGGGUGGGAACAGCUGUCCUCCUGGAGUUGGCUAGGACCUUCAGCCACAUGGUGAAGAACGGGUUCUUCCCCAGGAGAAGUCUGUUGUUUGUGAGUUGGGAUGCUGGAGACUUUGGGAACGUUGGUGCCACUGAGUGGCUGGAGGGUUACCUGUCCAUGCUCCACCUGAAGGCAGUGGCAUACUUCAGCCUGGACCAGGCAGUUAUGGGUGAUGACAACCUGUCAGCCUUCACCAGCCCUCUCCUGGCCGACCUCGUAGAGUCAACCAUCAAACUGGUGGAACAUCCUAGACAUGCAGGUCAGUCUAUCUACAGUCAGGCUGAGAGAGAGGGGGGACAGUGGAAGAGUAUAAAGUCAUUGUAUCUGAACAGCGGGGCGUACAGCUUCACAGCCUUUGGAGGAGUUCCUGCUAUGGAGCUCCGCUUCACUGAGGAGUCCCGUGUCUACCCAUUCAUCAACACCCCAUUGGACACCAUUGGGAGACUACAGGAAGUGCUCGGAGGUCGUCUGGGGGUCGUGGGGCGGAGUCUUGCAGAGCUGGUGGGCCUGAUGGUGCUGCGAUUGGCUCAUGACCACAUCCUGCCUCUGCAAAUCACUUCCUACUCCCAGAGUGCACUGCAUUUCAGCACUCAGCUCAACAAGUACUCUGCAGAACUGCAGGCGCGGGGUCUCUCUCCCCAGUGGGUGUUCAGUGCCAGAGGGGAUUACAGUCGGGCAGCCAAAACCCUGAAGGAGGACAUACUGAACUCAGACAUACAGGAUGAGACCAUGAUACGCAUCUACAACACACGCAUCAUGAGGGUGGAGUACUACUUCCUUUCCCAGUACGUGUCUGUGGUGGAGACUCCGUUCCGUCAUGUCUUGCACGGUCGGGGAGAACACACUUUAAGUGCUCUGUCCGAGCACCUCUCGCUGCUGACCUCUGACCCAAGGAGCUUUAACGAGGCCCGUUUCCGACGGCAACUGGCACUGUUUACCUGGACACUGCAAGGGGCCGCUAACGCUCUGAGUGGGGACGUCUGGAACAUAGACAACGUCUUCUAACAUGCUAACGCUCUGAGUGGAGGCAUCUGGAAUAUAGACAUUGUCUUCUAACCUGCUAACGCUCAGAGUGGAGGCAUCUGGAAUAUAAACAACAUAUUCUAACAUGCUAACACUCUGAGUGGAGACUUCUGUAACAUAAACAACAUAUUCUAACAUGCUAACACUCUGAGUGGAGACUUCUGUAACAUAAACAACAUAUUCUAACAUGCUAACACUCUGAGUGGAGACUUCUGUAACAUAAACAACAUAUUCUAACAUGCUAACACUCUGAGUGGAGACUUCUGUAACAUAAACAACAUAUUCUAACAUGCUAACGCUCGGAGUGGAGACUUCUGUAACAAAAACAACAUUUUCUAACAUACUAACGCCCUGAGUGGAGGCAUCUGGAAUAUAGACAUUGUCUUCUAACAUGCUAACGCUCUGAGUGGAGACUUCUGGAACAUAGAUCUGGACAAUCUGGUGUUCUAUUUAAGAUGUAUGUUCUGUCUGUAUCUCGGGUGUAGGCAGACACUCCUUUUUCUUCCACAUUCUAUAUCUUUCUCUCCCUCUCUCUUUUCUUUCUUUCUUUCUCCUUGUCUCCUCUUUUCUAUCUGCACUCUCUCUACCGCUCUCUCAGGGUGUGUAUGUAAUUAUUUUCUAAUCUGGGGAUGAGUUUCAAAUUACACUGCGUUCACACAACACUGUUUAAGUCUAGCAUAGUGUUCUAGUCCAGUUCAAUGAUCUAGUCCAGUUUUGUGUUCUAGUCCAAUUCAAUGAUCUAGUCCAUUGGGAGUUGUCCUGAGUGUUAAUCUAAUCAUUUUUUAUUUAUCAAUGAUGGCCUGGAGGUCUCUUCACUUACUGUCUCCCCAAGGGAAUCGAACACAACCCCUGUGUCUCAACCCGUAUCUGUCUCUGCAGUGUCCUCUAAGUAGUGUCCUCUAUAUGGGAUAGUGUCAUUUUGUAGACCCCUGUAGGCUCCUAUUAACUCAACCCUUCUCUUCCUGGUGGCCGGGGUUAGAGGGUAAAGGUCAGUUCAUAUCUAUCCUGUCUGGUGUUUACACUGGUGCCGGCAGAUCUGAUCCUAGAUCAGUGUUUUGGUUAGUAACAACCAGCAGGUUCUGAUGCAGGGCUGUUUGAUGAUCUGAUCCUAGAUCAGUGUUAUGGUUAGUAACAACCUCCAGGUUCUGAUGUAGGGCUGUCUGAUGAUAUUGUCCUAGACCAGUGUUAUGGUUAGUAACAACCUCCAGGUUCUGAUGUAGGGCUGUCUGAUUAUCUUGUCCUAGACCAGUGUUAUGGUUAGUAACAACCUCCAGGUUCUGAUGUAGGGCUGUCUGAUGAUCUUGUCCUAGACCAGUGUUAUGGUUAGUAACAACCUCCAGGUUCUGAUGUAGGGCUGUUUGAUGAUUUGAUCCUAGGUCAGUGUUAUAAUUAGUAACAACCUCCAAGUUCUGAUGUAAGGCUGAUUACUGGGAGCAGUGACUCCCAUAAUUAUGACAGUAAUACUGUCCUACAAUCAAACUGCAGUAUCUGCAAUCAAUCAAACAUUAUGUCACAAAAUGGGGGGUGGAGCUUAAGGAUUCAAGGUGAGAGGUCGUGCCAGGCAGCGUUAUUGGACGAUGGCAUCUAUUUUUUGUUUGUUUACCUCGUUUUAUUUCUCUGAGUAUAACCUUUGAACCUUCAAUGGUGAAGUAUUACCUUGAACCUCCUGUGACGUCAUGGUUACCUGCCAAGCCAGUGACGUUGUGUUCUGCUGUUAUGUCCUAAUAAAGAUGUAUCCUGUUUCAUAACAA